AUGGGAAUGACUGGAUUGACUUUCAGGCCAACAAAGGGCCGUUGGAUCCCCCACCUCAGCCGGUCCUGUUCUCACGGGGCCCCUGGGUUAUUCGUGCCACCCUGUCCUCCUUUGGACCCUGAGAAGAUCAAAGAGUUACAGCGCUUCAUUACCCUGUCCAAGAGACUCUUAGUGAUGACAGGCGCAGGAAUCUCCACCGAGUCUGGGAUCCCAGACUACCGGUCAGAAAAAGUGGGACUUUACGCCCGCACUGACCGGCGACCCAUCCAGCACGUGGAUUUCAUAAGCAGCGCCCCAGUCCGCCAGCGGUACUGGGCCAGAAACUUUGUGGGCUGGCCCCAGUUCUCCUCUCACCAACCCAACCCGGCACACUGGGCUUUGAGCAAGUGGGAGAAACUCGGGAAGCUGCACUGGUUGGUGACGCAGAAUGUGGACGCUUUGCAUUCCAAGGCGGGGAGCCAGCGGCUGACGGAGCUCCACGGAUGCAUGCACAGAGUCCUGUGCCUGAACUGUGGGGAGCAGACUCCCCGAAGGGUGCUGCAGGAACGCUUCCAAGCCCUGAACCCCAGCUGGAGCGCUGAGGCGCAGGGCGUGGCCCCUGACGGCGACGUGUUCCUCACCGACGAGCAGGUCCGGAGCUUUCAGGUCCCGUCCUGCAAUCGAUGCGGCGGCCCUCUGAAACCAGACGUCGUUUUCUUUGGGGACACAGUGAACCCAGACAAGGUUGACUUUGUGCACAAGCGUGUGAAAGAGGCUGACUCUUUCCUGGUGGUGGGAUCGUCCCUGCAGGUGUUCUCUGGUUACAGGUUCAUCCUCACCGCCAGGGAGAAGCAGCUCCCAAUCGCCAUUCUGAACAUUGGCCCCACACGCUCGGACGCCUUGGCUUGCCUGAAGCUGGAUUCUCGCUGUGGUGAGCUGCUGCCUUUAAUCGACCCGCAGUGACUGCAGUCCGAUGUUCCAAGGGCUGGAAACGGACUUUGCGUCCUGCUGCUAAAGAGCCCUAAGGAGUCUUCCCUUUCCUCUCAAACUAAUGGAAGCGUGCCGACUGCGUCCUACAGAGGGCAGCAAAGAGCUGUCUACAGGCCAGUCCACCACUGCACCCUCCUGCUUACAGACCAGCUGUUUCAGGACAGAUGCGAGCCAGUCCUUUUCUUGUCACCUGGAAGAAGAAACAGCUGAGAAGUGUGACAGCCAGAACGGUCCGUGGAGCGCCAACCUUGAGAGCUCACUAAUUCAGGGACUAAGCAGAAUUUAGAAUUCCAAAUGGUUGUGUCUGACUGAGGCACUUUGAUCUUUUUGGGACCGUGAGCAAUAACAAAAGUAAAUUUUCUAGUAAGCAAAUAAUAAACUACUUU